AUGUCCGGAAUCACAGAUAAUUACGCUUGUAAUGAAUGUUCGGCAGCAGAAAACGAGUUUAAUACCACGGAAAUCAACAGGCACACACACAUGGAUGACGACGAUGAACUUUUGAAGUAUAUUUGGAGAGAGUACUUACAUCCCAAACAAUACGAGUGGGUUCUAAUUGCCGGGUACAUAAUUGUUUUCCUUGUUUCUCUUGUUGGAAACACGUUAGUAUGCUUUGCAGUAUGGAAGAACCAUCACAUGCGUACGGUUACCAACUACUUCAUCGUGAACCUCUCUUUUGCGGAUAUCUUAGUGACCAUCACCUGUCUCCCUGCCAGCCUUGUGGUGGACAUCACAGAAACCUGGUUUUUUGGAAACACCCUUUGCAAAGUACUGCCUUAUUUUCAGACCAUCUCUGUGUCUGUGUCAGUUUUGACUCUGAGCUGCAUCGCUCAGGACCGCUGGUAUGCUAUCUGCCACCCUCUGAAGUUCAAGAGCACGGCCAAAAGGGCACGCAAGAGCAUAAUCCUCAUUUGGCUGGUGUCCUGCGUCAUUAUGAUCCCUCAGGCUAUUGUCAUGGAGUGCAGCAGCUUGCUCCCAGAGCUCACCAAUAAGACCAGUCUGUUCACUGUCUGUGAUGAGCACUGGGGAGAUGAGACGUACCCCAAGAUUUACCACACCUGCUUCUUCAUUGUCACCUAUUUUGCUCCACUAUGCCUGAUGGUUCUGGCAUACAUCCAGAUCUGCCAUAAACUGUGGUGCCAACAGAUCCCUGGGACGUCAUCAGUGCUCCAGAGGAAGUGGAAGUCUCUGCAGUGUUCCGCUCAGGCUGCAGGCCCUGGGGAGUCCAUUAAGAUCCGGACCAGUGCCGUUUCAGCCGAGAUUAAACAGGUUAAAGCAAGACGCAAGACAGCACGCAUGCUAAUGGUGGUACUUCUGGUCUUUGCUCUCUGCUACCUGCCCAUCAGUGUGCUCAACAUCAUGAAAAGAGUGUUUGGAACAUUCAAGAACACGAGCAAUAGAGAGACAGUAUAUGCUUGGUUCACUUUCUCCCACUGGCUCAUCUAUGCCAACAGUGCGGCCAACCCUAUCAUUUAUAACUUUCUUAGCGGGAAGUUUCGUGAGGAGUUCAAAGCGGCCUUCUCCUGUCGCUGUUACUGUAAAGGUGAGAGGCAGAAGCCAAGGGUAAGGACAAGGACGAGCACAGACAGCCGUAAAUCCCUCUCUACGCAAGUAAGCCAUUUUGACAAUGUCUCACGGAUAUCUGACCAGGUUGUGUAG